AUGGCUCCCACCGUCCAAGACCUCAUUCUCCUCUUUCAACUUUUCUUUCCUUCCGACCUCUCAUUGGAAGCAGCAUUUCAUCUGAUCAGCAUCAUCUUCUCGCUGUACCCGCUCCUUUGGCUACACCAUAGCCAACAACGCGAGCCUCGACAGCCCAGCCAAACAGCUUGGAUGACUAGUAUUUGGGACACUCUUUUCCAUUUCCUGGCACCAGCAAAAGACGACUUGCGAGCACUGGUUCCUGAACUUGAUCUAACCGAAGAAUACACUAACAAGAUCGUUGGCGAUCUUGACUAUCUGCUCCAGAUGUUCGGAUCUGACCCACGGGAUCUGACUGUAGACGGAGAACCUCCCAAGUUUCCUGCCUCGCGGAUUGUCCUGUGUACAAGCCGGCUGUCUUGCAUCUUCUGCCCAGUUGGAGACUUAAACCUGCAUCCGACUUUGCGUAAACAGAAGAAAGUCGGGUCGCGACCCGACGACCCGGGUCUCAACCCGGGUCACGUCAGGUGCAUUGACACUCCCCCAGGUCGGGUCGGGCAAAAUCCCUCGACCCGACCCACCUCUGACCCGACCCGACCUGCCUCUGACCCGAUCCGACCCGACCCGGAACAACACUAG